AUGGUCUAUCUAUCCCUGCCUGUGUCGGUAGCGACACUUUCUUCCAUUCUUUCUUUGUUUCUUUCUUUUCUUCUGUGUCCCUUGCCUUCUUUUAUUCCGUUUCUUUUCUUCCCAUUCGUAUCUUUCUUUCUUUCGCUUUCUUUCUUUCUUUCUUUCGCUUUCUUUCUUCCGCUUUUUUUCUUUCUUUCUUUCGCUUUCUUUCUUUCUUUCUUUCUUUCUUUCUUCCGCUUUCUUUCUUUCUUUCUUUUUUCUUUUCUAUCUUUCUUCUUUUCCGUUUUCUUUCUUUUCUUUUUUCCGAAUUUUUCUUUUUCUUUUCUUUCUUUCUUUCUUUUUUUUUUUUUUUCUUUCUUUAUUUUCUUUUCUUCUCUUUAUUUCUUUCUUUCUUUUUUUUUUUCUUUCUUUCUUUCUUUCUUUCUUUUUCUUUCUUUCUUUCUUUCCGUUUUAUUUCUUUCUUUUUUUUUCUUUCUUUCUUUCUUUCUUUCUUUCUUUCUUUCUUUCUUUCUCCAUUCCCAAAAUUCUUUUUUUUCUUCCUUUUUUUUUUUCUUUCUUUCUUUCUUUUUUUCUUUUAAAUUUUCUUUUCUUUCUUUCUUUCUUUUCUAUUUCUUUCUUUCUUUCUUUCUUUCUUUCUUUCUUUCUUUCUUUCUUUUCUCCUUUUCCUUCCUGUCUUUCUUUCAAUCUUUCUUUCUUUCUUUCUUUCUUUCUUUCUUUAUUUAUUCUUUUUUAUAUUCUUCCAAAAAAUUCUUUCUUUUUUCCGCUUUCUUUCUUUCUUUCUUUCUUUCUUUCUUUUAUUUCUUUCUUUCUUUCUGUCUUCUAUUCAGUGUGGCUGAUUCGAUGUCGCCCAUUUGGCGGGGCUGGUUCGGUGUGGCUGAUUCGCAUUGCCCAUUUGGCGUGACUGAUUCGGCGUCGCCCAUUUGGCGUGGCUGA